CGUGAGCCUGUGAGACCCCCAACCUUUGCUUUUGCUUUGAAACUAAGCAGCUCCAUUAUUUUCUCCUCUUCCCACUUCAUCUCCAACCUCCACUCCAGCCCUUUCGCCCUCAUUCUGCGUUUGCGACAAACCAAAAAGCUGUCCUGUGAGGGGUAUCAACAUUCUCUCCGCAAUCGCAUCGCACCCUCGCGCCCAAGAGCACGCCUGCUCGAUUCCACACGAACUCAAUCCUCAUGGACUCACAACAGUCAAUAGGCGGCGGAGGUAGACUCAAGAGGAAACAGUCUGGCAACAAAUCCAAAACCUUGCCCUGCCCGCACUGCCAGCGACUCUUUGCUCGACUAGAACAUCUUCAGAGACAUAUUCGUACCCACACAAAAGAGAAACCUUUCGUUUGCGAGAUCUGCAACAAGUCCUUUGCCCGCAGCGACCUUCUUGUUCGUCACGAGAGACUUGUCCACCCUGGAGAAGAGGAGCAACAUACCACAAGAAAGUCCCACAAACAUCAUCUGCUAAACGCGAACAAUGCUGCCAAAGCGGCCCAGGCGGCGCAAGAGGUGCACCGGACACACUCCAUGUCCUCAGAUCCCAUGGACAUGUCAUCGCAGCAGAAUCACUCUCUUCUCUCCCCGUCUGCUCCGCCCGAGCCAAGAGGGAUGAUGGACAUGCUCGAUCCUCAGCUGAUGCAACCCGCCAACGGCAUGCAUCCAGUUGAUGGCCUCACAGCGCAGCAGCAGAUGGGCGCGCCGCCUCUCGACCCUUCAUGGGGCUAUGACCUGAACCUCCUAUCACACGCUGCCAGCCACGUCGCGUCGAGUGGUCAAGAUCAUUACAUGUCUGGUCUUCCUCAGGUCACACAAGAACAGCUACACGAACCACUACAACAAAUCAUGCCACCUGUAUCGGAAGGCCAAUACCAGCCUAGGAUGCUUACAGAAGGCUACGGUCAGUCGGCAAACAUGUUCGAAACCCCAGACCUCGGUGACCCGAUGCAAGACUUCACAGUCUUUCUUGACAGUGUGGGCUUGUCCUCUGAGUGGUAUGCCAACAUGUUUGGUAAUGAUCAAGUGGAUAACUACCACACACCCGAUGGAAGGGCUGAUAAUCUCAACAUAUCAAAACCUAAUAUGAAUGGUGAGCCCCCCAUCGACAGCAAGCUCGCAAUUCCCCAAGCAGAAACAAGCACAUUCUCCCGAUUUGGUUCAAGAUUGCCGUCCCUUCAGCCAGAGUCUAAAGAACCUGAUUCCAAUCGACCAGAAACCCAAGCUGCGAUCGAGGAGGCCGAGGCUAUCAAGGUCAAAACCACCUGGGACGUGUCGGACUCAGACCGAUCGACUUUCGUCUCAAAGCUGGCCAACUUCGACAAUGUCAUGCCAAAAGGCUUCAUUCCUCCAUCAAGACAUUCCCUGUCUCGCUAUCUGGCAGGAUAUAUUAAUGGUUUCCAUGAACAUCUACCCUUCAUACAUGUCCCUACACUACAAGUAGCCGCCAGUGCUCCUGAAUUGAUUCUGGCCUUGUCUGCUGUGGGAGCACAAUAUCGCUUCGAGAAUAGUCGGGGCAUAGAGCUUUUCUACGCCGCCAAAGCCGUGGUCUUGGAACAGAUCAAGCGUCGCGAUGAUACAGCAAGUUCUUACCAGUGGAAUAGACCACGGACAGGAUCCUUGGCACAAUCGCCAGGUGGGGGUUUCACAAACCAGAGUCACUCAAGCAGCCCCUUCCAACAUGUCACGCCGGACACUAUUGUGGUCGCGGACGGAGGAAAAGACCAAUUGCAGUCAAUACAAGCACUUCUGCUUUUGACUGCAUUUGCGACGUGGGAGAGGCACAGUGAGCUCCUGCGCGAAGCUCUGGCGUUUCAAAGUACGCUUGCGCGGCUUGUCCGCGAAUCUGGCCUCGUCAGUCCUGAGAUCAUACAGUCCCCAGAAGACUUGACCUGGGAAGACUGGGUCAAAGCCGAGGGUGAAAAGCGGACAAAGCUGAUUGUCUAUUGCUUCUUCAAUCUUCACUCUAUCACAUGGAAUGUUCCCCCUCUCAUUCUCAAUUCGGAAAUCAAGCUCAGCCUGCCUGAUCCCGCGAAUGAAUGGAAAGCUACGAGUGCUGAGCAGUGGAAGAAGCUCCAUUCAGCCAACGACGCCCCCCAAGUCCCUUUCCAACAAGCCAUUGCGAGACUGUUCAACAACCAGCCCCUACCACCAGUCACGCCUAUCUCACCUUUGGGAAAUUAUGUGCUCAUUCAUGCACUCAUUCAACAGAUCUUUUUCGCCCGACAACUUUCACAAUCCUGGCCCGGUGUAGCAGGCUCAAGUCUGCGGAUAGAAGAUAUCACAAUUCUUGACGCGGGUCUUGGUGCGUGGAAAGCAGGCUGGAAACGCGCACCUGAGUCGAGUCUUGAUCCUCAAAACCCCAAUGGACCAGUGGCUUUCACAUCUACCGCGCUUCUGGGACUAGCAUACAUCCGACUUCACGUCGACAUGGGCCCGCUUCGUCAUCUCGAAACCCGCGAUGCCGCCCAGAUCGCCGCCUCCCUUCUCACGACUCCAGACAUUCGCCGCGACCCUCGACUCACGCCGGCGCUGCUUCACUCCGCGCACGCGCUGUCGAUUCCCGUUCGGCUGGGUAUCGACUUUGUUGCCCGCACACAGACAUUUUUCUGGUCCAUACAACACUCACUAUGCAGCCUAGAAUGUGCAUUCCUGCUGAGCAAGUGGCUCGCCGUGCUGGCAAAGUUGAAGUCCGAAGGCGGCGCCCCUGUGACCGAGCACGAGCGUAAAUUGCUACUGUGGGUCCGGAGCCUGCUUGACGAGACUGAGAUGACUGUGCCGCUGAACGGUGAUGCUAAUGACCACACUGUGCUCAACGAGAGCAGGGAGUUGCUGGAUGAUACGAAUAAGAUGCGCGCUUUGAGUGUCGCCGUCGUGCGUGUUUGGAGCAAGACGUUCAAGGGUAAUACGAGCUGGGCGAUUGUUGACAUGAUUGGUUCAGCCCUUGAAAUCUAUGCCGAUAUGCUUGAGCAUGAGAUGUUUGAAGCCCAGUAAUGGGGUAUUGCUUGUGGCAUUCUCCGGCCAACAGCGGGUACUUUGUUUUUUGAGUCUGCGGGCGCAAUGGUCGUCGGGAAAAGGAGCGCAAAAAUGGUUUCUGGAGUUGGGUUUGUUUAUCGGGUUAUCACGCACGUUUCAUGAGAUUUUCAGUUUCGUUCUGGGUUGAUCGAUUGCAAGAGACAGCAGCGAAGUACUGCUUGCGCGCGGGUGUCGGAGUGAUGGAUGAUUUUUGCAAUGGAGACGAGUCUGGAGUCAUGCUUGCUCCUGUGGCCGAAACGAAACAUCCCAAAGUGUUUCGCCAGGACGUAGAAAAGAAAACCGUAUCAUCAAAUGAAAGGCUUACCUUCUA